GCCCCUGAAGCUGCAUCAUCUCUGUCCUGCACUAUCAGCGUUUGUGAUACAGAACCAGUCAGCCACCAAUCAAUCGAUGCAAUAAAUAAUUGCAGUUGCUUGCGUUCGACCUACAUUACUCACAUACCAUUCGGUGAAGUGAAGCUCAGCAGCAUGUCUCCGGUUAUGAUGAUGCAGAUGCUGAUGGGUUCAGUCUCCGGAAUAAGCCUUCAGUUAUUGUGUUGGUUAUGCAUUGUGGGUGUAGCGACUGUGUCUUCGGUAAGGCCCCCGGCUGUUUCCAAGGAAUCGACUCCGGUGGCACUUGAUCCAGACCAAACGUCAUUCGCCUUUACGAGAAGUAUUGAACUGUACACGAGUGGGAAUGAAUCCUCCGAUGGGAUUGUUCGAGCGGAACGGAUUCGCAAUUGGUCCCGGUGGCAUUUCGAGGAAUCGGUUGGGUCCGAUUCGCAAACGAGUUGCUUCGUUAGGGAGCUUUUGUCGCGACUGGAGCUAUUCGAUGUGGGUGGAGGAUACUUUCGUGUUGGGCAAUUUAUGGCUCAGUACAAGCAGUACAAACAAUUCCUGGAUUGCUCUGAGCAAGAGGUAAACGAUCUUGCUGAUAAACUUGAACGGCAUUCUGGCUUGCACGAUUGCGACGCAAUAUUCCGCGUAUUCAAGGAAAGUAUUUUGGAACCGGCUGAGCUGUUACGAAAACUGUUUUUACUGGAUCCUGAGAGUGCUUCGACAGUUCGUUCUUAUAUGGGAUCAGCAAUAAGGCAAUUGAACGAAUCAGUAUUCGAGUAUUGCGAAAACAAGUUCUAUAAUGAUAAACGCGAUAUUUGGUGUGCAGCACGUAAUUAUAGUAUUCCCGAGGAUAAGGACUUCCAUAGACACAUUGAAUGCAUUUUCAAUGGAUUACAUUAUUUCAACAGGAGAGGAGAUCUUGAUGUGGACGAAAUUUGCCGUGAUUUCCAUCAGGUGGGAAUCACUGAUUUGGAUAACGAAGUGUCGGAAGUUUUGAGAUCCUGUGACGUGAACCCUGAAACCAAAGCUUUGUCAUACUACAGAUGUAUAUUGGAAAGUGACUUUUUGGAUAAAUUCAAAGAGGCUUUGGAUUAUCGUGAAAUUCGGUCUGCGGACCAUUUCUAUGCACUGAAGGUUCCGAUGCCAGUUUACGAUCGAAAUCAAAUUCAGAGCCAGAUAAACUCUGUAAAUCGUGAAUGUUGCUCCAUUUGAUUGACAUACGAAAAUAACUGACAGUAAAGUAUGUAAACUAUA